AUGGCGUCGAGUGGAGGAGAUGGAGAACCUGAGUGGACCGCAGCCGUGCGUCCGCUUUUAUCGGCGUCUUACACGGCUUUCGAAACGAAAGAGCUACCUCAGCUUAUAGGAUCCAUCAUAAACAGUGAAUCUGAGAUACUUCAUCAUGAUAAACAGUAUGAGCCUUUCUACUCGUCUUUUGUGGCGCUCUCUGCACAUUACAUCACCACAGUAUGUGGACAAAUCCCCAGAAAUCAGCUGCUGUCGGUAGCUGCGGCAUGUAAAGUAUUGAUUGAAUUCUCACUACUGCGACUUGAGAAUCCGGACGAGGCAUGUGCAGUUUCACAGAAACACCUGAUUCUCUUAAUAAAAGGCCUUUGCACUGGUUGCAGUCGGCUGGAUCGAACAGAGAUCAUUACCUUUACUGCAAUGAUGAAAUCUGCCAAACUUCCACAGACUGUCAAGACGCUUUCUGAUGUGGAGGACCAGAAGGAGCUGCCCUCCCCGGUCAACCCUGAGCUACGACACAAAGAAGUACAAAUGAAUUUCUUCAAUCAGCUGACCUCAGUGUUUAACCCCGAUGUUACUGUCCUAGCCUCGCCCUCUGCUCACAUGCAGACUGAAGGCGAGUGUGACGACCAAGCAACAACAGAUCAGGCCACACAGGCCAAAAUGAAGAAUGCCUUCAUCUCACAAAAUGUGUCCAGUUUACAAGAAUUGGGGGGCUCGGAGAAGCUGCUGCGUGUGUGUCUGAACCUGCCAUACUUCUUACGCUACAUUAACCGCUUCCAGGACGCCGUAUCGGCCAAUUCUUUCUUCAUUAUGCCAGCCACAGUGGCAGAUGCGACCGCUGUCCGAAAUGGUUUCCACUCCCUUGUGAUUGACGUCACUAUGGCCUUGGAUACCCUCUCCCUACCUGUACUGGAGCCUUUAACUCCCACGAGACUCCUCGACGUGACUGUGCUGGCUCUGAGCUGUCUCUAUGCAGGUGUGAGUGUGGCGACAUGCAUGGCAAUUCUGCAGGUGGGUAGUGGUCUGCAACUUCGGACCGCCUCAACAGGUGCAAAGGAGGAAGACUACGAAAAUGACGCUGCUACCAUCGUGCAGAAAUGUCUGGAGAUAUAUGACAUGAUUGGGCAGGCCAUAAGUAACUCUCGUCGAGCUGGAGGGGAGCAUUAUCAGAACUUCCAGCUCCUGGGCGCCUGGUGCUUAUUGAACAGCCUGUAUUUGAUUUUGAACCUGAGCCCCACUGCUCUGGCAGACAAAGGGAAGGAGAAAGACCCUCUGGCAGCGUUGCGGGUCAGGGACAUUGCAACCCGCACCAAGGAUGGAGCAGGGUCCCCUAAGCUGGGCCCUGGGAAAGGGCAUCAAGGUUUUGGGGUUUUGUCUGUCAUUCUGGCAAACCACUCCAUCAAGCUGCUCAGCUCGCUAUUCCAGGACCUACAAGUGGAGGCACUUCACAGGGGCUGGGAGAGUGAUGGCCCCCCGGCGGAGCUGAACAUCAUGGCUCAGAGCACGUCCAUCCAGAGAGUGCAGAGACUCAUCGACUCUGUGCCUCUCACCAACCUGCUCUUUACGCUGCUCUCCACCUCCUAUAAGAAGGCCUGCGUGCUGCAGAGACAGAGGAAAGGCUCGGUGAGCAGCGACGCCAGCGCCUCCACUGACUCCAACACGUACUACGAAGACGACUUCAGCAGCACAGAGGAGGACAGCAGUCAAGCAGAGAGAAGACAGGAGAGGACAAGAGCAGCUUGUGUCUCAGGUCAGCAGAUCUCUGCAUUAGAUGAUGACAGUGAGCCCAUUCUGGGCCUGUGGUUUGAGGAGACCAUCUCUCCCAGUAAAGAGAAGGUGGCACCCCCACCUCCGCCUCCUCCCCCUCCUUUGGAGACUUCACCGAGGCUCAAGAGCCCCAGCAAGCAGAACGCAGGAGAGAACGGCAAUAUCCUAGCUAGCCGGAAGGACCCGGAGUUGUUCCUUAGUCUGGCUUCUAGCAUUUUGAACUUCAUCACAACAUCCAUGCUGAAGUCCAGGAACAACUUUAUCCGCAACUACCUAAGUGUGUCCCUCACCGAGCAGCACAUGGCCACCCUGGCCAGCAUUAUCAAAGACGUUGACAAAGACGUGAAGGGUUCCUCUGAUGAAGAAUUUGCCUCUGCAUUGUACCACUUCAACCAUUCUUUGGUGACAUCGGACCUGCCUUCUCCAGCCCUGCAGAACACCUUGUUGCAGCAGUUGGGUGUGGCGCCAUUCUCUGAAGGCCCCUGGCCCAUGUACAUCCACCCUCAGUCGCUCUCGGUGCUCUCCAGACUGCUACUGAUCUGGCAGCACAAAGCCAGCCUGCAGGGGGACCCAGAUGUCCCCGAGUGUAUGAAGGUUUGGGAGAGGUUUGUGGGCACCCUGAAGCAGCAUACCUUGCAGGGAGCCAUGCCCAGUGAGGAGGACCUGAACGUGGAGCACCUCCAGCUGCUGUUACUCAUUUUCCAUAACCUGUCGGAGAAGGGUCGACGUGGGGUCCUUGCCCUCUGCGCACAUGCCAUCAUUGAGGUGGCCACCCAGGUGGACUCCCAGCUCCAGGCCGUGCCCCUCAACCUGGCCCGCAUCCUACUGGUCUUUGACUACUUGCUACACCAGUACUCCAAAGCCCCCAUGUACCUGUUUGAGCAGGUGCAGUACAACCUUCUGACUCCACCUGUGUCCGGCGCCAGCUCCACACAGGAGGGGGGCAAGCGAGGUGGCCUCCCACUUUACUACGGCUUUAAAGAGGUCGAGGAAAACUGGGCCAAACACUGCUCUGCAGGUAGGAAUUCUACAGUGCAGCCCAAGUUCUACUGUGUGCUUUCUCCCGAAGCUUCAGAAGAUGACAGGAGCCGACUUGACAGCAAGGUCUUUCAAGUGCUGUUCACUGGAGCUAUAAAAUACGAAAACUUGUACUCCUCUCUCAUCUCCCUGCUGGCAGCUGGCUCUCGCUUUGACAUGGCCAGAAGGCAGGAAAACAAGCCUAUUACCCCAACCGAGGCAUGUUCCCUCCAGUACUAUUUUCUGAUCCUGUGGAGGAUUCUGGGAGUGCUGCCUCCCUCUAAAGCCUAUGUGGAGCAGCUGAAGACGGGUAAUAGUGACUCAAAUGAGAGCGACAUUCUGCACACCCUCAGGUGGUCAUCGCGCUUAGGAGUCAGCACAUAUGUCAUCUGGAUCACGGAACACCUUGUGAAACAGGGAAUGAAAGCAGACCAUGCAGCGUCUCUGGUUGAAAUGGUCUCUUCAAAAUGCAGUGCCAUCAAAUAUGAUGUAGAGCUCGCAGAGGAGUACAUUGCCAGACAGAUCUCGUCAUUCUGUUGUGUGGAUCCCAACAGCAUCUUGCCUCUUCACCAGAUUCCUUCUCUGCAGACCAUAUACACGCUGGACGCUGUAAUUUCUAAAGUGCAGGUCUCCCGUAAUGAACAUUUCUCCAAGGUGGCAGCAGAGACGGACACUCACAAAUCCUUUGAGAUCACCAAGAACCUGCUGCCUGCCACACUGCAUCUAAUUGACAUUUACACUGCCUUUACCAGAUCAUACCUGCUAAUGAGCCUCCCUGAGGAUGGAGAGAACAAGGCCACAGAAGCCAAACUGCAGGGAUACGCAGCUGUGCUGUCUGUCGGCUCUACCCGCUGUAAAGCCAACCUGCUGGGCCAAACAGUAAUGCAGAAUCUGCCGUCUGCUCUUCAAACACUAUGCGAAACAUGGAAUAACAUUCACACUAAUGAGUUCCCCAACAUCGGUUCCUGGCGGAAUGCCUUUGCCAAUGACACCAUUCCGUCAGAGAGCUAUAUCAGUGCUAUCCAGGCUGCCCACCUGGGCACGCUUAGCAACCAGUCUCUGCCCUUAGCCUCCUCCCUCAAACACAUCCUGCUCACACUGGUACGCCUCACUGGAGACCUCAUUGUCACAGAGGAGCUGAACCCUCCCCAAGUUAUCCGUACGUUGCUGCCGUUGCUGUUGGAGAGCAGCAUGGAGAGCGUGGCUGACAUCUGUAGCACGUCUCUGGAGAGGAUCCUGGGCCCGGCCGAGUCCGACGCCUUCUUGGCCCGCGUCUACGAGCGCCUCAUCACCGGCUGCUACAACAUCAUCGCCAACCACUCCGACCCCCACAGUGGGCUGGAAGAGUCUGUGCUGGAGGAAUGCCUGCAGUACCUGGAAAAGCAGUUGGAGAGCAGUCAGGUCCGCAAAGCCAUGGAGGAGUUUUUUUCGUUCAGUGGUGAACUGGUACAAAUCAUGAUGGCAACUGCGAAUGAAAAUUUAUCUGCCAAGUUCUGCAACCGGGUUCUGAAGUUCUUCACUAAGCUGUUCCAGCUCACGGAGAAGAGCCCCAACCCCAGCCUGCUGAGUCUGUGCGGCUCCCUGGCCCAGCUGGCCUGCGUGGAGCCGGCCAGACUGCAGGCCUGGCUGACCCGCAUGACCGUCUCGCCCCCCAAAGACCUGGACCAGCUGGACACGAUGCAGGAGAACCGACAGCUACUGCAGCUGCUCACCACCUACAUCGUGCGGGAUAACAGCCAGGUGGGCGAGGGUGUGUGCACCGUGCUGCUCAGCACGCUCAUCCCCAUGGCCACAGAGAUGCUGGCCAGCGGUGACGGCGCCGGGUUUCCCGAGCUCAUGGUUAUUAUGGCCACACUGGCCAGUGCCGGGCAGGGGGCGGGACACCUACAGUUGCACAGGGCCGCCAUCGACUGGCUCAACAGAUGUAAAAAAUAUUUAUAUCAGAAGAAUGUUGUAGAGAAGGUUACUGCUAAUGUGUCUCAAGGCAAACAUGCCAGCAUGUUGGAGUGUGCUUGCCACAUCAUCUCGUACCUGGCGGACGUGAUGAAUGCCCUGAGGCAGAGCAGUGGGCAGGGCUCCUCCCAGCUGCUGAUGGAGGGAGAGGAGAAGGUCAUCGAGGUGGACUCCGACUGGGUAGAGGAGCUGGCUGUGGAGGAGGAGGACUCGCAGGCCGAAGACUCGGACGAGGACUCUCUCUGCAAUAAGCUCUGUACUUUUACCAUUACACAGAAGGAAUUCAUGAACCAACACUGGUAUCAUUGUCACACCUGUAAGAUGGUGGAUGGGGUAGGUGUGUGUACAGUGUGUGCCAAGGUCUGUCACAAAGACCAUGAGAUCUCCUAUGCCAAAUACGGCUCUUUCUUCUGUGACUGCGGGGCCAAGGAGGAUGGCAGCUGCCAGGUGAGACCGAAUACUUCAGGUCAUCAUGGGAAAAGAACAACAGCGGCUCUGGUGAAGAGGAGUCCCAGCAGUGGCAUGAGCUCCACUAUGAAGGAGUCCUCAGCCUUCCAGAGCGAGCUACGGAUGCCCGAUAGCGCCAUCCGCCACCAGAGUGCCUCGCCCGCUGACAAGGGCAAGGUCACCAUCUGCGACGGCAAGAGCAGCGACGAGGAGAAACCCAAGAAGCACAGCGUGUGCAAGAACAUCGAGGGCUGCAGGGAGGACCUGCUGGCUCAGGUGUCAAGUUCAUCCACCGCCUCGCUGGUGCUGGACCUGCUGAUCUUCCUGAUGGACGCCAUCCAGACCAACUUCCAGCAGGCGUCUGCUGUGGGCAGCAGCAGCCGGGCCCAGCAUGCCCUCAACGAGCUGCACACGCAGGACAAGACCGUGGAGAUGACCGACCAGCUCAUGGUUCCUACUCUGGGCUCUCAGGAGGGUGCAUUUGAGAACGUGAGGAUGAACUACAGUGGUGACCAGGGCCAGACCAUCAGGCAGCUCAUCAGUGCUCACGUGCUGCGGCGUGUGGCCAUGUGCGUGCUGUCCUCUCCCCACGGACGCCGUCAGCACCUCGCCGUCAGCCACGAGAAGGGCAAGAUCACAGUGCUGCAGCUGUCAGCCCUCCUGAAGCAGGCCGACUCCAGUAAAAGGAAGCUGACACUUACUCGCCUGGCCUCUGCACCCGUACCUUUCACUGUCCUGAGCCUGACUGGAAACCCCUGUAACGAGGACUACCUGGCUGUGUGCGGCCUCAAGGACUGUCACGUGCUGACGUUCAGCAGCACGGGCUCUGUCUCUGACCACCUCGUGCUGCACCCCCAGCUGGCUACUGGGAACUUCAUCAUCAAGGCCAUCUGGCUGCCGGGUUCACAGACUGAACUAGCAAUCAUCACGGCAGAUUUUGUUAAGAUCUAUGACUUGUCCGUGGACGCCCUGAGUCCCAUGUAUUACUUCCUGCUACCGAGCUCAAAGAUCAGAGAUGCCACAUUCCUUUUCAAUGAGGAGGGCAAGAACAUCAUUGUCAUCAUGUCCUCAGCUGGCUACAUGUACACACAGGUGAUGGAUGAGUCUAGCAGCGCCCAGCACGGCCCCUUCUACGUCACAAACGUGCUGGAGAUCAACCAUGAAGAUUUGAAGGACAGCAGUGGGCAGGUAGCAGGAGGGGGCGUGUCCGUGUACUAUUCCCACGUCCUGCAGGUGCUCUUCUUCAGCUACAGCCAGGGCAAGUCCUUCGCUGCCACAGUCAACCGCAGCAGCAUGGAGACCCAGAGGCUCUUCACCAUAAAUGUCAAAGGGUCAAAUGGGGGCAGUAAGACCUCUCCAGCUUUGUGCCAGUGGUCAGAAGUAAUGAAUCACCCAGGGCUGGUCUGCUGUGUGCAACAAACCACAGGGAUCCCUCUAGUCAUUAUGGUGAAGCCAGACACUUUCCUCAUCCAGGAGAUCAAAACCUUACCUGCCAAAGCCAAGAUCCAGGACAUGGUGGCCAUCCGUCACACGGCCAGCAACGAGCAGCAGCGCACCACCAUGAUCCUGCUGUGCGAGGACGGCAGCCUGCGCAUCUACAUGGCCAACGUGGAGAACACGUCCUACUGGCUCCAGCCCUCGCUGCAACCCAGCAGUGUCAUCAGCAUCAUGAAGCCCGUGCGCAAGCGCAAGGCUGCCGCUGCCACUACACGCACGUCCAGCCAGGUGACCUUCCCUGUGGAUUUCUUCGAGCACAACCAGCAGCUGACAGAAGUGGAGUUUGGAGGCAAUGACUUAUUGCAGGUCUACAAUGGGCAGCAGAUCAAGCACCGCCUCAACUCGUCAGGGAUGUACGUAGCCAACACCAAGCCUGGUGGCUUCACGGUGGAGGUGGUAAACAAUAACAGCUCCAUGGUGAUGACUGGCAUGAGGGUGCAGGUUGGCACUCAGGCCAUCGAAAGAGCCCCGUCCUAUAUCGAGAUCUUCGGCCGAACGAUGCAGAUGAACUUGACGCGCUCCCGCUGGUUUGAUCUUCCCUUCACGCGUGAGGAGGCCCUGCAGGCCGACAAGAAGCUCUCCAUCUUCAUCGGCGCAUCAGUAGACCCUGCAGGAGUCACCAUGCUGGACUCCGUUAAGAUCUAUGGCAAAACCAAAGAGCAGUUUGGCUGGCCCGACGAACCUCCAGAGGACUUCCCAUCUGCCUCCGUUAACAACGUGUGCAGCCCCAACCUGAACCAGGGCAAUGGCACCACCGACAGCGACGUCACCACCCCCACCUCCACCAACGGCACAGUAUUGGAGAGUUGCGAAAUUGAGUCCUUAUCAACCUUGGACCGGUUGGUGGUGAGCUCACUGGAAGCUCUCGAGAGUUGCUAUGCAAUUGGUUCUUCCAGUGAAAAGGAGAAAACCAAAGGCCCAGCUCUGGAGCUGGCCACUCUUCUUCUGUCCAUGCCAACACCUUCUGGAGUGCAGCAGCAGACAAAGGGUCUCCUGGCCAGCCUGCACACCAGCCGCACAGCCUACCACAACCACAAGGAUCAGUCGCUGCUGAGCAACGCCGUGCAAUGCCUGGGCAGCUGCAGUAAAGACGGGAAGGACUUGGACCCUGACGUAUUCCAGCGGCUGGUGAUUACAGCACGCUCCAUCGCCAUCAUGAGGCCCAACAACCUGGUGCACUUCACCGAGUCCAAGAUGCCUCAUGCAGAAAUCGAUCUGAGUGAGGAUAGUAAGGACAAUGCAGAGGGCUGUAACUUCAUCAUGCAGCUGGUCAGUAACUUCUGGAAGCUUCAUGCUCUGAAGCCCAAGAAUGCCUUCCUUGCGCCUGCUUGUUUGCCUGGUCUAACCCAUAUUGAAGCCACGGUGAAUGCACUGGUGGACAUCAUUCAUGGCUACUGUACAUGUGAGCUGGACUACAUCAACGUGGCCUCUCAAAUCUACAUGCAGAUGCUGCUCUGCCCUGAUACUUCUGUGAGCUUUGCCUGCAAACAGGCCCUGGUUAGAGUCCUGAGACCCAGGAACAAACGCAGGCAUGUGACCCUGCCCUCUCCACCACGUUCCAACACUCCCAUGGGUGAUAAAGAUGACGAUGAUGACGACGAUGCUGAUGACAAGAUGCAGCCCUCUGGCAUGACAGGAGGGGAGAGCGGCAGGCAGGAGAGCCAGGAGCAAAAUGAGGUCGACCACGGCGACUUUGAGAUGGUGUCUGAGUCCAUGGUUCUUGAAACAGCAGAGAACGUGAACAACGGGAAUCCAUCUCCUCUGGAAGCGCUGCUGGCUGGGGCGGAGGGCUUCCCCCCCAUGCUGGAGAUUCCCCCUGAUGCUGACGAUGAGACCAUGGUGGAGUUGGCCAUAGCUCUUAGUCUUCAACAGGAUCAGCAAGGUAGCAGCAGCAGUGCUCUGGGCCUGCAGAGCCUGGGGCUGUCUGGCCAGGCGCCCAGCUCCUCCUCUCUGGAUGCAGGCACCUUAUCUGACACGACUGCGUCAGCCCCAGCCUCGGAUGACGAGGGGAGCACAGCGGCCACAGACGGCUCCACGCUGCGCACCUCUCCUGCUGAGCACGGGGGCAGCGUGGGCUCCGAGAGCGGAGGCAGCGCCAUCGACUCAGUGGCUGGAGAACAUAAUGUGUCCGGACGCAGCAGUGCAUAUGGCGACGCCACUGUCGAAGGUCACCAUGCCGGCCCUGGUAGCGUCAGCUCCAGCACGGGAGCCAUCAGCACCACCACAGCCCAGCAGGAAGGCGAUGCCUCGGAGGGGGAGGGCGAGAAUGAGGGUGACCUGCACACCAGCAACAGGCUGCACAUGGUGCGUCUGAUGCUGCUGGAGCGUCUCCUGCAGCACCUGCCCCAGCUGCACAGCGUGGGCGGCGUGCGCGCCAUCCCCUACAUGCAGGUCAUCCUCAUGUUGACCGCCGACCUAGAUGGAGAGGACGAGAAGGACAAAGGAGCGCUGGACGACCUGCUGGCUCAGCUCAUCGGCGAGCUCGGCAUGCACAAGAAGGAUGUCUCAAAGAAGAAUGAGCGUAGCUCGAUGAAUGAGGUGCAUCUGGUCAUCAUGAGGCUCCUUAGUGUGUUCAUGUCUCGCACCAAGUCUGGCUCCAAGUCGUCUUCUGAGUCUUCCUCUCUCAUCUCCAAUGCCACGGCUACUGCGCUGCUCAGUCUGGGAGCGAUCGACUACUGCCUGCACGUGCUGAAGUCUCUGCUGGAGUUCUGGAAGACCCAGCAGGGAGAGGAGGAGCCGGCGGCUGCCAGCCAACUCCUCAAACCACACACCACCUCCUCUCCCCCCGACAUGAGCCCCUUCUUUCUCCGCCAGUAUGUUAAGGGUCAUGCCGCAGACGUGUUUGAAGCCUACUCCCAGCUCCUCACCGAGAUGGUGCUGCGCUUGCCCUACCAGAUCAAGAAGAUUGCCGACGCAAACCCCCGCAUCCCUCCUCCCAUCUUUGACCACUCGUGGUUCUUCUUCCUUUCGGAGUACCUGAUGAUCCAGCAGACUCCGUUCGUGAGGAGGCAGGUGAGGAAGCUGCUCCUCUUCAUCUGCGGCUCGAAGGAGAAGUAUCGACAGCUGCGGGACCUCCACACACUUGACAGUCACGUUCGCAGCAUCAAGAAGCUUCUGGAAGAGCAGGGCAUCUUCCUGAGGGGCGGCAUCGUCACGGCCACCUCCGGCUCUGCCCUGCAAUACGACACGCUGAUCAGUCUGAUGGAACACCUGAAAGCAUGUGCUGAAAUAGCCACCCAGAGAACCAUCAACUGGCAAAAGUUCUGUAUGAAGGAUGAUUCGGUGCUGUACUUUCUGCUGCAGGUGAGUUUCCUGGUGGACGAGGGCGUGUCCCCAGUGCUGCUGCAGCUGCUCUCCUGCGCCCUGUGUGGCAGCAAAGUCCUGGCCGCCUCCUCGUCCGGUGGCUCUGCCACGGCGGCUGGAGCCUCCCAGUCGUCCCAGAGCAAGUCCUCCAGCAAGAAGAGCAAGAAGGAGGAAAAGGAGAAAGAUAAAGAGGGUGAGGGCGUGGGCAGUCAGGAGGAUCAGCUGUGCACCGCUCUGGUCAGUCAGCUCAACAAGUUUGCAGACAAAGAGACUCUGAUUCAGUUCCUGCGCUGCUUCUUGCUGGAGUCCAACUCUUCCUCAGUGCGCUGGCAGGCCCACUGCCUGGCCCUGCACAUCUACAGGAACUCCAGUAAGUCUCAGCAGGAGUUGCUGCUGGACCUCACGUGGGCUAUCUGGCCUGAGCUGCCUGCUUAUGGCCGUAAGGCCGCUCAGUUUGUGGACCUGCUCGGCUACUUCUCCCUCAAAACCCCUCAGACAGAAAAGAAGCUGAAGGAAUACUCUCAGAAAGCUGUUGAGAUUUUAAGGGCGCAAAACCACAUACUCACCAAUCAUCCCAAUUCCAACAUCUACAAUACCCUCUCUGGACUGGUGGAAUUUGAUGGAUUUUACCUUGAGAGUGAUCCUUGCUUAGUGUGCAACAAUCCUGAAGUGCCCUUCUCUAACAUCAAGCUGUCCUCUAUCAAAGUGGACACCCGCUACACCACCACACAGCAGGUGGUGAAGCUGAUUGGCAGUCAUACCAUCAGCAAGGUCACGGUGAAGAUCGGAGAUCUCAAGAGAACCAAGAUGGUGCGCACCAUCAAUCUCUACUACAACAACAGGACUGUCCAGGCUAUUGUGGAGCUUAAAAAUAAACCUGCUCGCUGGCACAAGGCCAAGAGAGUGCAGCUCACCCCUGGACAGACGGAGGUGAAGAUUGACCUCCCUCUCCCCAUUGUGGCAUCCAACCUGAUGAUUGAAUUCUCAGACUUCUAUGAGAACUACCAGGCGUCCACGGAGACCCUGCAGUGCCCUCGAUGCAGUGCUUCUGUGCCCGCCAACCCAGGGGUGUGCGGCAACUGUGGAGAGAACGUUUACCAAUGUCACAAAUGCAGGUCCAUUAAUUACGACGAGAAGGACCCCUUUCUGUGCAAUGCCUGUGGUUUCUGUAAAUACGCUCGCUUUGACUUCAUGCUCUAUGCAAAGCCCUGCUGUGCUGUGGACCCCAUAGAGAAUGAGGAAGACAGGAAAAAGGCUGUGACCAACAUUAACACACUGCUGGACAAGGCCGACCGUGUGUACCACCAGCUCAUGGGCCAUCGGCCUCAACUGGAGAGUCUGCUGUCCAAGGUGAACGAGGCAGCCCCAGAGAAACCACAGGAUGACACUGGUGCAGGAGCAGGUCUGGGCACCUCCACUGCCACUGUGAACCGCUACAUUCAGCAGCUGGCUCAGGAGUACAGUGGAGACUGCAAAACCUCGUUUGAUGAGCUUUCCAAGAUCAUACAGAAAGUGCUUGCAUCUCGUAAAGAGCUGCUGGAGUACGACCUGCAGCAGCGAGAGGCAGCCACGAAGUCAUCCCGCACCAGCACGCAGCCCACCUUCACAGCCAGCCAGUACCGGGCCCUGUCCGUGCUGGGCUGUGGACACACGUCCUCCACCAAGUGCUAUGGCUGUGCCUCUGCCGUCACGGGCCACUGUAUCACGCUGCUGCGCGCGCUGGCCACCAACACCGCCAUCAGGCAGAUUCUGGUGCUGCAGGGCCUCAUCCGAGAGCUGUUUGAGUACAACCUUCGCCGCGGCACCAGUGUCAUGAGGGAGGAGGUCCGCCAGCUCAUCUGUCUGCUCACCAGGGAUCAUCCUGAGGCCACGCAACAAAUGAAUGACCUUAUCAUUGCAAAAGUGUCAGCCGCCCUGAAGGGUCACUGGGCCAACCCUGACCUGGUCAGUAGUCUCCAGUAUGAAAUGCUGCUCCUCACUGACUCCAUAGCAAAGGAGGGAGGAUGCUGGGAGCUAAGACUACGCUGUGCGCUGAGUCUCUUCCUAAUGGCAGUCAAUAUAAAGACUCCAGUUGUGGUGGAGAACAUUACUCUGAUGUGCCUGAGAAUCUUACAAAAACUCAUCAAACCUCCUGCGCCCACCAGCAAGAAAAACAAGGAUGCCGCUGUAGAAUCCCUGACCACAGUCAAGCCAUAUAACCAUGAGAUACACGCCCAGGCCCAGCUCUGGCUCAAAAAGGAUCCCAAGGCAUCAUAUGAGGCCUGGAAAAAGUGCCUUCCUGCUAGAUGUCAAGAGACCGUUUCUAAACCUUUGAGUAAGCCUGAGAUCAGGAGGCAGUACCUCAUGGAGAAGUACGUUUGGAAGUGGAAGCAGUUCAUCAGAUCCAGAUCCGAGGGGCUGUUCCCUCGUCUUCUCAAACUGGGCCACAACAACUGGCUAAGACAGGUGCUCUUCACUCCAGCCACUCAGGCGGCGAGACAGGCCGCCUGCACCAUCGUAGAGGCCCUAACGACUAUCCCGAGCCGCAAGCAGCAGGUCUUGGACCUUCUCACGAGUUUGACCUCUAGUUACCUGGAUGAGUUGAGCAUUGCUGGUGAGUGUGCUGCUGAGUACCUGGCUCUGUACCAGAAGCUAAUUAAACCUGCCCACUGGAAGGUCUACUUGGCUGCCCGUGGUGUCCUGCCCUAUGUUGGCAACCUCAUCACCAAGGAAAUUGCCCAUUUGCUGGCUCUGGAGGAAGCAACACUGAGUACAGACCUGCAGCAAGGAUAUGCCCUUAAGAGUCUCACCGGCUUGCUGUCCUCCUUCGUGGAGGUGGACUCCAUUAAACGGCACUUCAAGAGCCGCCUGGUGGGCACCGUGCUGAACGGAUACCUGUGCCUCCGCAAGCUGGUGGUACAGAGGACCAAGCUGAUCGACGAGACCCAGGACAUGCUGCUGGAGAUGCUGGAGGACAUGACCACAGGGACGGAGUCGGAGACGAAAGCCUUCAUGGCGGUGUGCAUCGAGACGGCCAAACGCUACAACCUAGAUGACUACCGUACGCCCGUCUUCAUCUUUGAGAGGCUUUGCAGCAUCAUCUAUCCUGAGGAGAAUGAGGUGACGGAGUUCUUCGUGACUCUGGAGAAAGACCCCCAGCAGGAAGACUUUUUGCAGGGCCGCAUGCCAGGAAACCCCUACAGCAGCAACGAGCCCGGCAUCGGCCCGCUCAUGAGGGACAUCAAGAACAAGAUCUGUCAGGACUGUGACCUGGUGGCACUGCUGGAGGACGACAGUGGCAUGGAGCUUCUUGUGAAUAACAAGAUCAUUAGUUUGGACCUGCCUGUGGCUGAGGUUUACAAGAAAGUCUGGUGCCCUACCAAUGAGGGUGAGCCAAUGAGAAUCAUUUAUCGCAUGAGAGGGCUUCUGGGUGAUGCCACAGAGGAGUUCAUUGAGUCUCUGGACUCCACCACAGACGAGGAGGAGGACGACGAGGAGGUUUAUAAAAUGGCUGGAGUGAUGGCUCAAUGUGGUGGGCUGGAGUGUAUGCUCAACAGACUCUCUGGAAUUAGGGACUUCAAACAGGGCAGACACCUACUCACUGUGCUGCUGAAGCUGUUUAGUUACUGUGUGAAAGUGAAGAUCAACAGACAGCAGCUGGUCAAGCCGGAGAUGAAUACACUUAAUGUUAUGCUGGGCACUUUGAACCUGGCGCUGGUAGCUGAACAGGAAAGUAAAGACAGCGGAGGGGCGUCCAUAGCCGAGCAGGUCCUCAGCAUUAUGGAGAUCAUUCUGGAUGAAGCCAAUGCUGAAACGCUUGCUGAGGACAAGGGGAACCUGCUGUUGACAGGAGACAAGGACCAGCUGGUGAUGCUGCUCGACCAGAUUAACACCACCUUUGUGCGCUCCAACCCCAGCGUCCUGCAGGGCCUGCUGCGCAUCAUCCCGUACCUGUCCUUUGGAGAGCUGGAGAAGAUGAACAUCCUGGUGGAGCGCUUCAAACCCUGCUGCAGCUUCGACAAGUAUGACGAAGAGCACAACGCAGAUGAUAAGGUCUUCUUGGACUGCUUCUGUAAAAUCGCAGCAGGCAUCAAGAACAACAGUAAUGGGCAUCAGCUCAAGGACCUAAUCCUACAGAAGGGCAUCACUCAGAGUGCCCUGGACUACAUGAAGAAGCACAUCCCCAGCGCCAAGAAUCUGGAUGCAGACGUUUGGAAGAAGUUCCUUGCACGACCAGCUCUUCCAUUCAUCCUCAGACUGCUGCGUGGUCUGGCCACCCAGCACCCCCCUACACAGAUGCUGAUCGGAACAGACUCCAUUAGCAAUUUGCACAAGCUGGAGCAAGUGUCCAGUGACGAGGGCAUAGGAACUCUGGCCGAGAACCUUCUGGAGGCCUUGAGAGAGCAUGCGGAGGUGAACCUGAAGAUCGACGCAGCUCGACGGGAGACGCGGGCAGAGAAGAAGCGAAUGGCCAUGGCGAUGAGGCAGAAGGCCCUGGGCACACUUGGCAUGACUACCAAUGAGAAGGGUCAGGUGGUGACGAAGACAUCUCUAUUGAAGCAGAUGGAGGAGCUUAUAGAAGAACCAGGACUAACCUGCUGCAUCUGCCGAGAAGGCUACAAAUUUCAGCCAACCAAGGUCCUGGGUAUUUACACGUUUACGAAGCGUGUGGCUCUGGAGGAGUUUGAGAACAAACCCCGCAAGCAACAGGGCUACAGCACUGUCUCGCACUUUAACAUAGUCCACUAUGACUGUCACCUUGCUGCUGUCCGGCUUGCCCGAGGGCGUGAGGAGUGGGAAAGCGCCGCUCUACAGAAUGCCAACACCAAGUGCAAUGGGCUCCUACCUGUGUGGGGCCCCCACGUACCUGAAUCAGCUUUUGCAACCUGCCUGGCAAGGCACAACACGUAUCUGCAGGAGUGCACAGGCCAGCGGGAGCCCACCUACCAGCUCAACAUCCACGACACCAAGCUGCUCUUCCUGCGCUUUGCCAUGGAGCAGUCCUUCAGCGUGGACACUGGUGGAGGGGGCCGUGAGAGCAACAUACACCUCAUCCCCUACAUCAUCCAUACCGUCCUCUACGUCCUCAACACCACGAGGGCUACGUCACGUGAGGAGAAGAACCUGCAGAGCUUCUUGGAGCAGCCGUGUGACAAGUGGGUGGAGUGCUCAUACGAGGUGGAAGGUCCGCAUUACUUCACCACACUGGCCAUGCACAUCCUCCCGCCCGAGCGCUGGAGGACCACGCGCAUCGAGUUCUUACGCAGGCUGCUCGUUACUGCGCAUGCACGAAAAGCAUCGCCAGGGGGCGCCAACAAACUCACAGACAAGGCAGUGAAAGAGUAUGCAGUUUAUCGUUCCCCGCUUCUCUUCUGGGGCCUGGUGGACCUCAUCUAUGACAUGUUCAGGAAAGUGCCCACCAGUAACACAGAGGGAGGCUGGUCCUUCUCGCUGGCAGAAUAUGUGCGGCACAAUGACAUGCCCAUCUACGAGGCUUCAGAAAGGGUGCUGAGGGCUUUCCAGGAUGAACUCAUGCCUGCUGAGUCUUUCUCGGAGUUCCUCGAUGUCGUAGGGCUUCUCUCAGACAUCCCUGAUCCUGAUGGUUUCCUGCAGGACCUGUUGAACUCUGUGCCCUGAUGGCAUUCAGCCAUUCCCCUCACUGGACACAUGUCUGCCAUGCUCAGUGCAGGUGUCCCUGAAAACGGAGGCUCUCCACUACCUGGACACUGCAACUUGCAGCUCCAAAGGGGCACCUUUUCAAUCGGGGUCUGGGCUCCCAAAUCUACUAUCAGCUCUCACACACUCAUUCACCACCACCUCUGUUCCUGAUAUCCCACUUGGGUUUGUUCUUCUGCAAUGCCUUCAGCUGUAACGCUCCUAAACCAGACAAUUAUAUAUGUAGUAUGACAAGUUAAUCCAUUUAUUACAAAUGUUUCUGUAACAUCUAAUACACUGAAACAUACGAUGCUCUAUUGAUCCAACAUUUGCAGGUGAUCUUUUCCAUUAACUAAAUGUUCUGGAAUAAUGACUGCAUCAAACAACUUGGUGGCUUUUAUUUUUCCUUUGUGGGUUGUUUUUUGUUUUGUUUGUUUUUGAUUUGUUGCUUUUUUUUUUCCUUUUUGAGUUAAUUUCCAGAAUGACAGAGAGCAGCCAGAUUUGCAGAAAUGUGAACUGAUCUCUUAAUGUCAUGCACUUUUGUUUCUGCACAUUUUUGCAGUGGUGUUCAAUGAUCUGAUUGUACUGUCAGAGAGGCUAGGCCUGUACCUGAUUGUUUGACGAAAUGCUUGUGUGAGGUUUCUCUCCUUGUAUAAAUGAUACAAGCAGAAUGAAAGUUAAUUGAUGUACAAGCCCACUGAAUUUGAAUUACAUUUGUAAUGGGGUUUUUACCUACUUCAACAAUGAAAAUCAACUGUCAAGAUAAAAGAAUAAAAGGGCCUGCAUCUUUA